AUGGCCCCGAUGAAUCCUGACCCUGCUGACGACGAGAGCGACCCUGAGCUGUUCGUCAUGCAGGACUUUGUGCCAGCACCGAACCUCACGAAACCACGGAUUCAAAUACUGAGAGCUUCCCCCUUCCCGUCCACCCCACCCCCGCCACGGAGCGACCGCCUCGGGCCCCACCAACCCCGCAACACCCCGGCUGCGCCUCCGCCCCACAUCGGCAGACGACCACGGCCCCCCGAGACGAGGGAAAUUUUCGGUCCUUACUCCGGGAACAUGACGUCAGCGUCUACUCUUCGGAUUUUGCGCUCUCGGGCUCUGGCCAAACGUCGGGCUGGGUUCAUCGCAGUCUCGUAA